AUAAACCUCCACCUCGCCGGCGGCCAUGGCGUUCUCCGGCAGGAUCCAGGAGCUCGUGAGGAAGUAUGGCAAGGUGGCCAUUUGCGUCCACCUAUCCGUCUCCUGCGCCUCCAUCGCCGGCCUUUACGUCGCCAUCAACAACAACGUCGACGUCGAAGCCGUUUUCCGGAGGUUCGGUAUCUCCCCCGGCGUUACCGUAGGCGGCGAGGCCUCACCCGCCCCCGUUUCCCGCGAUGAACACCUGCGCGACGUCCCCCUGCCGCCCAUGGCCAACGAGGUACUGCAAGAAGAGACGGAGCGAGAGCGGCAGCCCCGCAACAGGACGAUGGAGCUCGUGGCGUCAAGUGGCGGCGCGUUCGCGCUCGCUGUCGUCUGCAACAAGGCACUAUUCCCCGUGAGGGUCCCCAUCACCAUCGCGCUCACGCCGCCCGUCGCCAGGGCCCUAAGCCGCUGGAGGCUCGUCAAGAGCUGAUCUGUGUUUUUUUCGUCACAACUGCUCUGGGAUAUAGGGUGCAUCCACAUCCAGGAAAUCCAGAGAGAAAAUUCGCCGCGGUUUGUUUUUUGUGGUCAUGGAUGAAAGCUGAAAUCCCUGGAGCGAAGUCUCAUGUUGAACUCCCCUUUGUUCAUCAGUGAGGUGUGAAUCCCUGGCAGAACGCCCUGCUGAUUUUGUAACAUGAACACAAUGGCUUGGGGACAAAAUAAGAACUGCGAUCGAAUGAUUGAUACAAGAAGCUACGUCUACACUCGC